UGAAAAAUGAGUGAAUAGUGAAGUGAAGGGGAAAAUUUCUCAACUACUCUCUAGUCUCCCCACAUUAUAAAAGCUCUAGGAGUAUCAUUGCCUUCCUCACCCUUGGAAGGGACCCUUUUCUCUAAUUCUUUUUUAAUAAAAAAUUCUAAGAAAAUAUAUUCACCAAAAUGGAUUCUUUAUCUUCUUCCUUCCUCUCAUCAGUAGCACAAACAAAGGUCCCUAAUAUUCUAAUUAAACACCCAUCAUCGCCCCCUCGGUUUUACAUUUCUUCAGUAAGGAUUGAAGAUAAACCUCAAGCAGAGAUAAAUUCAUCACCGACACUCACCAUCCCUUCCACAUUGCCAACAUCCCAAAACAUCAAAUUUCAACAAUCAUCAUCGCCAUCAAAAACGGUGUCCGUAAAUAAGUAUAAAACACAAUCAUCACCCCCCAAACCUUCACUCCCAUUAACGGUUUUAAAUACAUUUGAUGACAUCAUCAAUCAGUUCAUUGAUCCUCCCACACGACCAUCACUUGACCCGAAGUGUUUCCUCUCGGAGAACUUUGCUCCGGUGGAGGAGCUCCCACCUACAGAAUGUGAGAUUGAACAAGGCGUCCUUCCCUCGUGUCUUGAUGGGGCCUACAUCCGUAAUGGCCCCAACACACAAUUCCUUCCCCGUGGGCCCUAUCAUCUGUUCGACGGGGAUGGAAUGCUCCAUAGUAUUCGCAUAUCUAACGGAAGGGCUGUCCUUUGUAGUCGGUAUGUCAAGACAUACAAGUAUGUACUUGAGCGCGAAGCAGGGUUUAGUAUAAUUCCCAGUGUCUUUUCUGGGUUCAAUAGCCUUCUUAGUUCUGCAGCUCGGGGAACACUGGCUGCAGCAAGAUUUGUUGCUGGGCAGUUUAACCCAAUCAACGGUAUUGGGUUAGCCAACACCAGCCUAGCCUUCUUUGGCAACAGGCUAUAUGCCCUGGGUGAAUCGGACCUUCCAUAUGAGGUAAAAUUGACUCCAAAUGGAGACAUUCAAACUCUUGGCCGCAAUGAUUUUGAUGGAAAGCUAUUCAUGAGCAUGACUGCUCACCCUAAGGUUGAUCAAGAAACAGGGGAGGCAUUUGCCUUCCGUUAUGGUCCUAUGCCACCAUUUCUCACCUAUUUCCGAUUUGAUUCCAAGGGAAACAAACAAGCAGAUGUGCCUAUCUUCUCAAUGUUGCGUCCCUCAUUCCUUCACGACUUUGCUAUAACAAAGAAAUAUGCAAUAUUCCCUGAUAUCCAGAUUACGAUGGACCCUGCUGAGAUGAUCCUUAGGGGUGGAGCUCCUGUUGGUUUGGACCCUACGAAGAUAUCAAGAAUUGGAGUGAUUCCAAGGUACGCCAACGAUGAGAGGGAUAUGAAAUGGUUUGAGGUGCCAGGAUUAAAUAUUAUGCACGCCAUCAAUGCAUGGGACGAGGUGGACAAAGAUGGAAACGAAGCGAUUGUCAUGGUGGCUCCAAACAUGAUUUCUGCAGAACACACGUUAGAGCGUAUGCAUCUUGUCCAUGCAUUAGUAGAGAUGGUUAGGAUUGAUCUCAAGACUGGGGUGGUCUCCAGACAGCCAUUGUCAACAAGAAACCUUGACUUUGCAGUCAUAAAUCCUAACUAUCUGGGAAAGAAGAACAAGUAUGUAUACGCAGCAGUUGGAAAUCCGAUGCCAAAGAUAUCAGGAGUAGUGAAGCUAGAUGUGACUGUGGCACAAGAUCAUCGGGAAUGUAUAGUGGCAAGCAGGAUGUUCGUUCCAGGAAGUUAUGGAGGCGAGCCAUUUUUUGUGGCAACUUAUCCAGAUGACCCAGAUGCAGAUGAGGAUGACGGGUACCUAGUCUCGUAUGUUCAUGAUGAAAAUACAGGAGAAUCAAGGUUCCUAGUCAUGGAUGCAAAGUCACCUAACCUUGAUGUUGUUGCCUCAGUGAAGCUACCUCAGCGUGUGCCCUACGGGUUCCAUGGAUUAUUUGUAAGGGACAAGGAUCUUAAAAGGCUGUGAGACACGUACCCUAUAGGCCACAUUUCAGAAGCAUUCUAAGCCAGACACUACUACAACCCCACAUACAACGCCCAAAAAAAUAUCUAACGGACUUAUAGGUUCUAGUUUUACAUGUAUACUUAAUAGACAUAUACUAGGACUUGCAACUAAAAGAACUUGUGGAAUUAUUUCUAAUGGUUCUUCUAGAGGGAAGAAUUGUAAAAAUCCCUAUAUAAUAUACUUCAUUCCAUUUGAAUUGUUCUCUA